UGUGUUCGAAAAAACUCUGAGCCAAAUCCAGUUGAUGGAGGUUGGGGUAAAUGGGAGGCUUAUGGCAACUGUUCUAGAACUUGUGGUGGAGGAGUGAAAAAAGCAACUCGUUUGUGCAAUAAUCCAUCACCACAGUAUGCUGGGAAAUACUGUAUUGGACGUAGGACACGUUAUCGUUCAUGUAACACAAAGCCUUGUGCAGACGGUCAAGAUUUCAGGGCAUUGCAAUGUGCUGCUUAUAAUGGCCGACAUCUGAAUGUCAAUGGUUUGAAUAGUGCUGUCAGAUGGGUGCCUAUGUAUCAUGGUAUUCAUGCUAAGGAUCAGUGUCGUCUCCACUGCCGUGUAGCAGGUCGAAGUCACUACUACCAACUUGCUCGAAAGGUUAUUGACGGUACCUCGUGUGGGCCAGAUACGGAUGAUAUUUGUGUGGAGGGGAUGUGUUGGAGGGCGGGCUGUGAUCAUAUCUUGAGUUCAAAAACCAAACGAGAUGAUUGCGGUGUAUGUGGAGGAGACAACACAUCCUGUAGG